CUUACUCUAUGCAAAUGAAGAGCUUCAUCUCUUCCGAUUUCGUCUCAAGAUGAGCUUUGGCUACAGUGUGGGCGACUUCUUCAAAGUCGUCGAGCUUGCGUACAAGAUCUAUGAGAAAUGCCAGAACGCUACAUCCGAAUUUCGAGACCUCGGCCGCGAUGUCGGCAACGCCCACAUAGUCCUCCGAACGGUUCACGUCUUCUGGAAAUCGGAAGAGAGUAGAGAUCGCCCAUUACUCCGGCCACAAGUGGAAGAGCUGCGUCAGCUAGCGGAAAAUUGUCAGGAAGUGCUGAAGGAGAUCGAGGAGAUACGAGAGAAACAUAGUGACCUUGGAACAAGCGAAUCUCUCGCGGCUCGCGUCAAAAGUCGCUCGAGAUAUAUGGUCGGCGACCUCAUCCAUAAUUUUGGGUCGGUGAGAGAAAGGCUACAACGCUAUACCUCCAACCUUGCUCUGUUUCACACAAUGUUAACUACAGACGUCUUGCGCGAGGCCACUGAUGAGCACAAAAGCGCACUAGCUUUCCUUACAGAGCAGGCACAUAUCAUGAGUGCUAUUGUAACGACAUAUCAAGAGUUCCAGGAAGGCAAGCGAGCGGAGCCAGCAUAUUCUCAGGUGUCAAGAACUGCAAAUGCGGAAGACCAGACCAUGCAGGCUAUCGCGGCAGCCGAGCAAGAGCUCUGCGAGCAGGGGAUCGACAAGUCCGCCUUCCAGAAUCAUCGUGGCCUCAUUAAGGAAUGGCUCGAGACCGUGAUCUUGUCUGCUGAUGAAGAGGGGGACCAGGACGAUGGAAAAGCAGCCGUGAUGCCCCCUUCGGACCCGGGCGGACCCGAGUCACCCCACACAUCCAAGCAGAUGCCGAUAAGAGAAGAAACCCAGACAAGAUAUCCAGCGAAGACUCUACCAGACCCUGACGUUGCAAACACGGACCCACUCCCUCCACAUCUAGUACCGAAGCCUACCUCGAUGAAGCGGUCUUCGAGCAUGAGCACACAUCGAAGUCAGGAAAGUACCUGGAGGCCUAGGGAAGCAUCGCAGACGGACGACUACCCAAUACUGAUGAUUUCCAAGGUCCUGCGUUCCAAGUACGCGCCUUCUACGGGAGGUGAGCCCUUCACUCUACCGCUGAAACGAGCCUUCAAUGCUCUCGACCCUACCAACCGUGGGUGGCUGGCACGAAAGACUGUGGAGCAAAAUCUCUCGGGCACUGCCAGUAGAUUAGGCGUGCCACUGAAGGACGGAACAUUGGCCGCUAUGAUUAAGUCCGAGGACGAGAAGGAGGGAAAAUCAGAUUAUCGCAUCGACGUGGACGAAUUCAUCAACAUCGCCCUACAGCUUCGCCAGUAUGUCUGUUCAACAAACGAGAGACUGUCACGUGCGCGAGGAUUACAGUUGGCCGUGGCGCACGUGCUCAGUUGGCAGAAUGGCCUGGAGGUCAAAGCCAUUUCGGGACUCUGGGAACUUCGCCCCGGCAAUUACUAUCAGCGCUCUGGCAUCCCUUAUCCAUACAAGCUUCAGGGCUAUGGCUGGGGCUUUUCGCGAGCCUAUCCUCCAGUGUACGAACAUCGGUUUGGAGGCCCACUCAAGAAUGGAGGCUUUCCACUAUCACAAAACAUCACGAACGCUCUCUACCUCGCAACAAACUUUUGCGUGGACGGGAUAAAUUUCACAUUGAGUGAAUGGCAGAAGAAACUUGAGGAUUCGCCCUCAGAGAUCAAAAGCGAGAUUUUCGCACCCCUCGACAUGUCUCUUGAGGUUGCUACUCUAUUCCACCGGUAUGUUGCCGAUAAUGAGACUCGCGGGCUCCACUGGUUGGACGAAUUCACUGAAAUGGCAUCACUGGUACCGCUUUCCAUUUACGAAGACCUGCGAGAAUGUCCACUUCGCCUCGCCGUAGACCUACGUAAGCGGCUGUGGAACGUUCUUGCCUCGCUCCUCGGUAUUAUGAGCGAACUUAGCGAUUGCAGACAGCUCCUCCCCGACAAUACCCCCGAGAAUCCUGCAGCGAUCUUCAAAUGGAGAGAGAAGCGCAUUUUUGAGCGAGCAGGGAUCCUUCAUGACUCCGCGCUGGAAGAUUUGAACAAUAAGGCCGCCUCGGAGUUCGAGGCCAUCCAAAGCUGGGUACGACAGAGCAAUUCAUUGCGCGAUCGCUGGGCAGCAUGUACACACGGAACGGCCACGUUGAGGCGGGCUCAAGAACUCAAACUUGAGUCGUUGAGACCUUGGCUCUUAACUAUUAGUUUCAGUCUGGGUCCGGUCCCGAGAACUUCCUUCCACCGACCAAAAAUCGGAUGCGAAUUGUAUAUUGAUGGGCAGGAAGACAGCGGCAUGAAGGUCGAGAAGGGCACCACACCCACAUUCGAGUUUACGGUGAGCGUGAGUCGCAAUAGCAUUAUCGACGGUAGAUUCUAUAUCCGAGAUAAGAAGUCCUUUUCCUUCAUCGGAUCGGUUGAAUUCAAAGUGGAAGAACAGGCGGAUUUCGCUCGCAGAGUAAAAGUUUCAUAUUCGGCAAAGAUGAAGGAUGCAAAGGAUGGUUUCACCUCGGUGCCAGUUCUUGUGGAACUCUCUGCCCCCGAGGGGACCGGUGAACAAAACGUAACAGGGCUUUCAACGCCUCUUGGCGAGUACAUAUUAUCGCGGCCACUUGCGGAUGGCUGGGAGGUGCGACGUCACUCGAUACACGGAGGAAGAGAAGACGGCGUAUACUUCCAUCACCCAGGCACGUCGGAGAGUACUGCCAUUCUUUGGUUCGAUCCGUUCUACACGCAAGCUCCAAUCGCUGACCUUGCUCCCCUGCCCUGGGGCUGGACCAGGCUCUUCAAAAAUGGCAAAGUCUGCUUCUCCAGCGAUAAGGGGGAGGAGUCUGAUAUACCUCCGACAGCGGACAGCACUGCGACCUUUAAGAACGUCAUUCAGCUGCUCCCCUUCAAUGAGGCUGAAGACUUCACCGCCUGACACCUCUCCAGGGAAGCACUCCAAGGCAAUGAAGAAGGAUACGAGUCACGAGAAUCUCCCGAUUAACUUGCGAGGGAGUGAAAUUCUCUGUUAUCACCCCGCGAGGGCUUAAUAUAGUCUAAUAAAAUUUCCG